CUUAGUGUUGAGAGAUGAACAAGGAGCAAAUAAUGCUAUGAAGAAGCACGAACAUCUCCAAAAAACUGUUGAGAACUACGCUACUGAGAUUCGUGCUUUGGGUGAGCGCUCUCGAGCUCUAGAGGCAGGGCAUCCUGAGGCUGAGACUGUGGCUGCUAAGCAAUCUCGAGUUGACAAGAUGUAUGCCGGUCUUCGUGAGCUCUGCUUCGAGCGUAAGGCUCGUCUUGAUGAACUUCUCAAACUGUACAAUCUGCUUCGUGAAAUUCUGGAUCUUGAGGCUUGGAUUGCCGAACGAACUAUGGUUGCUAGCAGUCAUGAACUGGGGGCUGAUUAUGAGCAUUGCUGUCUCCUGCGUGACCGAUUCUCUGAGUUUGCGAGAGAGACCAAUGAACUGGGAAAGACCCGAGUUAAGGCAGCUGAUGAGUUGUGUGACGCGCUGAUAGAGCAGAACCACGGCGAGGCUGCUGAAAUUGCUGAAUGGAAGGAUCGCGUAAAUGAGGCUUGGGCUGACCUCCUUGAGUUGAUUGAGACUCGCAUCCAAUUGCUUAAGGCCGCUUGGGAUCUCCACAAAUUCCUUUGUGAUUGC